AUGCUCUUGUAUUAUUUCGCAAGUGCGGUUAAAUCUAUACAAUUCCAUGUGGACGAUGAUAUCAUUGAUAAACUUAAUUACUACUAUACAACGUCAAUUAUUACAGUGUUCGCCAUACUCGUAUCUGCAAAACAAUACGUCGGAAUUCACGUGCAAUCACUUGUACAAAUGGCGUGUGAUUCAAGGUUAUUGGAUCUGGAUUCCAGAAAUAGGGCAUUACAGACAAUAGCAACAAAUGUUGAAGAAGCGCUUCAUGUAAAACAUCAAGUGAUGGGUGGUAAUCGUUUGAAGUUACUGAAUUUGAUAAUUUGUACAAGAAGUAGUGGUGCUGCCGUAACAUUUUUGUACAUUUCGGUGAAAAUCCUCUACACUGUCAAUAUUGUUGGACAGAUCUUUCUGCUGAACACUUUUCUUGGCAAUCGAAGUAAAUGGUAUGGAUUGCAGGUGUUAAAUGAUUUGAUGAAUGGCCGAGAAUGGGAGGAAUCUGGUCACUUUCCGCGGGUAACUUUAUGCGACUUCGAAGUCAAGGUGCUAGGCAAUGUUCAUCGGCAUACAGUGCAAUGUGUGCUAAUGAUUAAUAUGUUCAACGAAAAAAUUUUCCUAUUUCUAUGGUUUUGGUAUUUUCUAUUAGCUGGCGCUACACUUUGUUCUCUUUUUUAUUGGAUUUAUAUUUCGAUUGUGCCGAGCAGGCAGUUGAACUUUGUUGGUAAAUAUUUGACUGGUAUUGAAGGCUAUAAAAUGGUUGAUAGUCAGUCGUUGAGGCGAUUCGUAUUUCAUUUCCUUCGUCAAGAUGGUGUUUUCUUAUUGCGAAUGGUCGCAACACAUGCUGGCGAAUUACCGUGUUAUGAGCUAGCGAAAACAUUAUGGAAUAAAUAUUGUGAUAACAAAGAGGGUAAAAUGCAUGACGUUUAA